GAAAGUAGCACGUGAUGUUUGUUUUCCUGUCAGUACAGUGAAAAUAAAGAUGCGUUUUGUUAUCCCGAUACUGCUUGCAGGAUUCCUAUUAACAUGCCAGGGUAUACCUGUUAGUGACACCCGCCUGCAGUGGAUAUCUUCACGGACUUUGGCAGAUAUAGAAGCUCAUAAUAGUGAUGCUGAAAGGAUCAUUUAUCAUGCUAUGUAUGGACCUGCACAAAAUCAGUCCUACAACAGACUUGCGGAGUUCACAGAUACAUUUGGUUCUCGGAUAGCUGGGUCUCAAAAUCUGGAAAAUGCUAUUGAUUACAUGGUCUCAAAAUUGAAGGAAGAUGGAUUAGACAAUGUUCACACUGAGGCUGCACAAGUGCCUCAUUGGGUGCGAGGUGAGGAAUCGGCCGUGAUGCUGUCCCCACGGUAUCAUCCGAUGGCCAUACUGGGACUAGGGAGCAGUAUAGGAACCCCAGAAGAUGGCAUCACAGCUGAUGUGCUGGUUGUGACCUCAUUUGAUGAUCUGAAGGCAAAGGCCAGUCAGGCCAAAGGAAAAAUAAUAGUGUACAAUCAGAAAUUUGUGAAUUAUGGAGUAACAGUAAAAUACAGACAAGCAGGGGCAGUGGAGGCAGCCAAGGUGGGGGGUGUAGCCUCCCUCAUUAGAAGUGUCACCCCCUUCUCCAUAUACUCUCCCCACACAGGGUGGCAGGAUUAUGAUGACAAUGUAAAAAAGAUUCCCACUGCCUGUAUCACAAUAGAAGAUGCUGAAAUGAUGCAACGCAUGCAAGAACGAGGGAAUAAAAUACGAGUGACAUUGAAAAUGCAGGCGAAGAAUCUACCUCCUGCAAUGUCAAGAAACACUGUGGCAGAAAUUAAAGGAUCCAAAUAUCCUGAGCAGGUUGUGUUGGUGAGUGGUCACCUGGACAGCUGGGAUGUAGGUCAAGGUGCCAUGGAUGAUGGAGGUGGGGCAUUUAUUUCAUGGCAGGCUUUAUCCAUUAUCAGACAGCUAGGACUGCAGCCAAAGCGUACCAUUAGAAUGGUCAUGUGGACAGCUGAGGAGGAAGGAGGGUUUGGUGCCCAAGCUUACUACAACAAACACAAGGGAAAUGUCAGUAAUUUUGACCUUGUGAUGGAGUCAGAUGGGGGAACAUUUAUGCCACUUGGAUUUCAGUUCAAUGGCAAUUCAGCUGCAAAGUCCAUUAUGAAAAAAAUCAUUGAACCACUUCAGAAAGUUAGAUCUAUCCCCCUCCUGCCUAAUGGGGGUGGGGAGGACAUUGCUGAGUGGAUAAAUGCAGGAGUUCCCGGGGCCAGUAUAGCAACAGAUGAUAAUAAAUACUUCAAAUUUCAUCAUUCAAAUGGUGACACUAUGACAGUACAGGACCCUGUGGAGAUGAAUAUCUGUACAGCUCUGUGGACCGUUGUGGCUUACACUGUCGCCAACCUAGAAGAUAUGUUACCCAGGUGAUCAAGCCGUUACAAAAUUUAGACCGCAAUCUUCACAUACCACACAACAAAUAUAUAGAAAAAAAUGAAUAUAUAGUCAGAUCCUAAAAAUAAUGCAUUCAAAUCUAUUUUUGUGAAGCAAGAUUAGAAUUUCUUAAAAAUAGAUACCGUAAGAGAUUUAAAUAAUUUGGGAUAUUAUUGUCAUACAUGUAUAUCUUAUUGAACUUCAAGGGAGUACAUGCUCAUGUAAAUUAGACAACAUACCGAUAGAUUUUUUUUUUUAAUAUUUAUGUACAUGUAUAUUACUGACUCAGAUAUGAUAUUUUCUGUGCAUAAAAAGUAUGAAAGUAUAUUCAGAGAAUUUAUUUAUUAAAAAACGGAAAAUCACUCCCUUUUGUUGCUGGAAAAACAAACUCCUUGUUCACCUCUUUUUUUCAUUAUAAAAAAUUUGUUAUUUCUAUAGAUCUGCACUCAUGAUUAAUAAGGUUGCAUGAGUUUAUUCUAACACAAUAUUUUAUUUGUCAUGAUGUUAUUAAAUUUUUGUUUGCAGUUACUAAUAGCUUAAAUAGUCUGAAGAAUACUAUACAAUUUUAAGGUUCAUCAUUCCUCUGACAAGAGAGAUAACUCUAACUGGAAUAAAUUACUUUUUAUUCCUUUAAGAUUUACAUAGCCAUCUCUGGUCAUUUUGCCUUGCAAAAAUGUUAAAACUAUGUGCAAUUUAAUCUACAUAAUUUGUUUUGGGAAAUCAUAAGCAUUUAAAUAAAUCAGCAUUUUAUAUAAAGAAUAAACAGGGAGAUGAUGAACAUUAAUUUCAUGUUUUUCUACAUUCUGUUUAAGAUUAAGCUUUUUUGUGGAUUUUUGAUAUAAUAUUUUU